AGUCGCGAUCAAGUCGCGGUUUCGCGAAGACGCUUUUUUCACGUUAAUCACCUGUGUUUUAUCCAUUGAUCAACCUUUAGUCUAAGUCCUUCACUAAGUUUUAUUUGGAAGACGUUAAAAAAAUAUCAAUCAAAACCCAGUAAAUUUUUUUUUACAAAAAUUUUCAUUUUUACUAAUAAUACUAAGUGAUCUUAGAGUGCCAUAAAGACUUAUGUUCUGUGAGAAUUCUAUUCAUUCGCUGAGCAAGUGAAAAUUAAAUCUGAAAGAUUCUUAUGAUAUAGUUAUACAGAGAAAGGUCUUUGAAGUUUUUUUUUUCUAAGCGAUCUUAUGGUGAUCUUUCAGUGAACUUUCAGGUGAACAUUCGAGUGUAAUUCUAAAAACAUGUUCGCUGAGCGAAAAGUGAAUGGUCAAGUUGGUCUUUUUGCUAUGCUUGCUUUCUUCUAAUACUUGUACAAUAACUACUGAUCUAUAAUAUUAGUGAACUCCCCUAUCCCCUAAAAUUGUGGCAUUCACAUAAAUUGCGGAGUGAGAGACCCAAGCCAGCCAAAAGUUUAAUUACAUAUUCGUUGCGAAAUAUCCCAGUGGCAAUUCUUCAUCUUGAACGUGUUUGUGUCUCAUUUACUCAACGACAAAAGUAAUAAAAUUACGAAAUAUUAAUUGAACUUUUAACACCAUAAUUGAAAAUUAAUUUGUUAAGCGAUGUCAGCAUAAUAAUGCGAAAGGAUUUAAAGUGUCGAGUCGAUGGUGUUGAGAGUAAUUUUGGCAGAGAGUAAUCUUUGGAACCUGAAGUGAAUAAAUUUGCAGUGCAUUAAUAUCUGUGAUCUCAUUCCUGCCCACCACGUGGAUUUUGUGAAAUAAAUUUCGUCAUAAGCUGAAAAGAGGAUUUAGGAUCCUAAGGAUGGACGUUACAAUUCAACGGACUGACUCUCAAAGAUCUCAAAGUAAUGGAAAUGGACCAAGGGUUUCCUUCAACCGUGAUGUGCACGUCAAAAGAAUCGGUUCGCGCCAGUCUCCAGCGGAAUCUCACCAUCAGGAAACUCCACCACGUUCUGUGACACCUCCUGUUCGUCGUGAACUUCCCGAAGAUCUGACUGAGGAGGGAAUUCUUGCUGAGGCUGCUCGUGUCCUUGCUCAAGCUGAGAGUGUUAAGUGCACAGCCAAAGGAGGGAGUGAUAUUGUUGGAGGCCGAUUAAAUACUAAAAGUCGUGGUCCAAUUGAACCUUUGCGGAAGUUUCCAGAGUCACAAUUCAACUCACUCCCAACACGUGGAAAGAAGAAGAUUAAAGCACCUGUGACCAGAAGUGUUAGUGACGCAUCCGCGAAGAAGAGUAAGAAACCCUCGAUUUUUUCCCUAUUUGGUCGCAGAGAUUCUGGUUCCGAGGAAGCAACAGGCAAACGUGUGACUCGCAGCAAGAGUGAUGUGGGGACAUCAUCACGUGAACGAAAUACAGUUCGGAAGAGGAAUAAUAGUGAAACUGACGAAGGAGUGAAUGCCAAGAAAAAGGCCCCACCACUGAGCCCUAUUAUCGAAAGUAGUCAUCGAGAGGACUAUUUCUCUGGUGGAAAGGGUCAUGAUACACGAAGAGGUCCUGUAAAACUUGAAGAUUUGAACGUACCGAGUAAGGGAGUCUCUGACAACAUCAAAGACACCAUCUCGAACCUUGUCACAAAUCAAGCCAAAUCCACGGAGGAAAUGCACAGUUCGCAGCAACCUGCCGAACGUCCACCACUCACAAAGGGUCUCACUGUGGAUGGUAUGGUUAAGCGACUUUCAAUGGAGCGCUUUUCACCACCACCUCAGAUAGCCGGACCGGCAUUUUCCUACACACGUCCCAAGGAGCAGAUCAUAUAUGCUCAGGUAGUGUGUGAUGGCGACAAGGCCAAACAGACUGUCCACUACGCACCUAGUCACCUCAAUGACUUCCACGCAGAAACCAACGACAGGCGUAACGGUCGUCCUAGUCAAUCCCUAUCGCCUUAUCGAGACGAGAGGAGUCCACUUCACAUCACUGGUGAUCGACUGACGAGAAAAGAUAUUUCCAAAAUCAACAGUGAUGAAGAUGAAGGUCUUGGGUUUGAAAUUAAAAGGCCCUAUGAAGAAGACUUCCGACCCCUAGUCGAUGAGGGUCCUAUUACGCCCAACAUUAGAGAUGUUCCUCCUGACAAGUACUACUUAGGUGGUGAUUUAUUUGGAUCUGGAGAUAGGAAACCAGCCUUUCAAGAAUUAAGUCAACGACGAGAGACUCUGCAGUCAAGGAUCAACAACCGUCGUUUUGGAUCCAGAGAAAUUCUGGAAGAUGUUAGUCCAGAAAGAGAUAAUAUAUUUGCCAGAAAUGGACACCAUAUAGGAGAAUCUCGCUAUCAACGUAGUAAAUCCAAUGACAUCGAUCAGAUAGACAAUGUGAAGAAGUAUCACAGAUUUGGUUCACAAGAAGUAAUUAACCGCUAUUCACCGGAACGAUCGCACCUAGAUAUGACUCAAACACCCUCAAACGGAAGGAUCACUUCAAAGUAUGUCGAGGAAUCGAGAUACUUCCAUGAUGGACGUGAUGGUUAUCGUGAAACUUAUCGCAGAGAAACGAAUGUCGGUGCAGAUGGACGACCAAGGACGUCGGAAUCGCGAUCUAAGGAACGUUUGGGAUCCCCUAGAAGGGUUCCUAAAGAGAUUAAUUUGGGCUACAUUGAGGACCAUCGGGAUUUCAAUGUGGGUCAUAUUGAACCCAGUACUGACUACUUCCAGGAGAAAUACCGAAGCGAUUUGCAACAACCUAGAAGUUUAGAUUCCAUAGGAAGUGGAGAUGUUACGAGAUCUAGUCCUGAACAGGGUUUCAAACAUCAUAUGAAGAGUAGUCACUUGACUAAUGGAUAUCGGCACGAUACAAUAGAUCAGUACCAGAAUUCACUGAAAAGGCAACAGAAACACCAGAGGAGCUUCGACAAAGGUGACUCGGGGAUUGAAAAUGACUACAGGAAGGACUCUUUUAACGGGGACCUACAGACUAGAUGGAGGCGUCGAACGGUUGAUGAUGACAUCAAGGACUGUGAAUUGUUCCUGCGAAAGGAAAGACGUCAUACAGAAGACAAUCAUCCUGGUAGAAGGCGUCUGAACUACGCUUAUAGGGAGCGAAGUAUCGAUGAUGGAUCGCACUUUGAUCCUCGUCUGGACAAAUAUCCAGAAGGGACUCUAAGACGAUCACGAGAAAGUUCCGAUAAAAGUUCAGCAAAAGUGGAGAAGAAGAAGACUGGUUUGGAGAAGGUAAAGCAACUGCUGACGGGUUCAGGCAAGAAGAAGAGCACAAAGGAAGAGAAAACUAAGGAGAAGUACAUGGUGAAGGAGGAGGAGAUGAGAGCUCGCUAUAGUGAAUAUCGUGGGCCGAGUGAAGGCCCCAAGAUCCAGGACAUCGCAACAAGGCGACGUCUUUCGACACCGAAAGCUAGUCCAAUUCCGCGGAGGACAUCCUCCCAAAAAAGCACCAGCAAGAGUUCAUCUAAUCUCUCACAACAAGAGAAUGCACCAGUACAGAAACUCAGUUGGUUCAAAUCCUUAGAUCGACUCUCGCGGAAGAACAAAGUCCAAUCGAAUAGAAAGAUACCUAGUGACGAUGGCUUCUCAAGUACUUCCCCUAGGCCGCGUCCCCUAAGUCCGCGUCAAGAGAAUCAAGGACCUACAAAGAGUCUGCGUUUCUUCGGCGACACUGAUCAAGAGUCAAAUGCCAGUGUUUCAAAAGGGAACUGGAAGAGCAAGUCUCGACAUGCUCUGUCCAGCAAUUUAAAUCGCGGUCAGAAAAAGUACUCAAAAAGCGCUUACGACCUUGAUACAAUAUCGAAAGGCACAAAAAUUCAACCUGCCAGUAAGAUUCGCUCUUCUUCACUUCAACAUCUGGAAGAUGACUUUCUCUUUAAUGGGAAAACGAAAACUAAGUCGAGGAACCUUCAUGAUAUCUCUGAAAGUGCAUCGGACAACGAAAACAUACCAUCUGGGAGACACAUCUCAAGGAGUACUCCUGCAAAACCAUCACGUGGACGUCAUUCGUCAGAAUCCACGCCAAUCAUUAAGUCUGCAACGCUUAAUCGACACACACCGAAUGGAAUGACUGUGAACUCAUCCCAUGACGAGGAAGUAGACAGUGAGAUACCAUUCCAGAGGAAACGACACUAUUUUGAGGAGGCCAGUCGACGUCAUGAGUCCCCCGCCAGGACUCAUUCAACGCUCAGGAGAGAUAUGUCUUUCAAUGGAACAGCCGUCAAUGGCUACCGGAAGCCACCGCCGGGACCACAGAAACCAGCACGACUGUUUGAGAAACGACGUGCCUUUUCCAGGGAACGAGAUAGACUCCAUGACAGCUCCGGUACGGAAGGCGACUCAAGUCAGCAAAGCCAAAGAAGUGUAGUUUAUUUGCAUGCCACAACAAUUGGCGACAUUCCCCAACCGAUGUUGCUGAACAGACGUCGAGCUGCUUCGCGAGAGGAGCUAAGUUCAAAGUCGAAAGGCCUACGUCCUAUGACUCGCACGGUUUCGCGUUCCGUAUCCGUUUUGGCACCCUGGAAGCCAAAACACCUUCACGAAGGCUACGAAAUCAAUUACUCUCAGGAGAAUAAUGAGAAAUCUAGGAAACUUAAUCAUCAGGACAGAAAAUCCUCAGGAGUAUCGUCGAAUUUGGCUCCAAAGAGGGACACUACGACCCUUACGCGGUACAAGAAGUCCACACCCAGGGAUGAGAUGUCUUCGGACAUGAGUUCUUCCUUCAAGAGCUCAUCUCACCUUGGGUAUUCGACUCAACCACGUCAAAAUCGGAAUCACAAGAGAGACUCAGAGCCUAGAAAUCUCUCAGAGAUUUCCCUAACAAGACGUCGAGAUACUCCUGAUAGAUUUCCGGCUGCAAGAAGACGAUGGAACGACUGAGAGAAUUCCGUAAAUGGGAGUUUUCUCUGGCGAUGGUGCUAACUUUUAACAUUUACAUUGCAACACAUUUUGUGUUUGUAGAUAGGGAAAAAUAAUGUCGUAAGGUGUAGUCCUUACGAUUUUGAAUAAUAGGAGUGAGAUAAAGAACUCCAUCUAAAAGAAUAAAAUCAUUAACAUGUCUGGUGAACACAUUUAAAACAUUUAAAACGGACUAAUAUACGAUUUUCAAGAUGCAUUAUGUACCCUUAUUUUUUUUAAUGAAUCUGACUCUAUUCUAAUAACAAUAUUGUGAGACACAAGAUUUAUAAUUUUGCAACUAUUUGCCAUUUAUAUUCUCAAUCUGUAAUACAAAUAUUUUAUUAAAAGAAACAGUAAUAAAUAAUAUUGGAUACUA